UUUUUUGGUUUUAUAGUAAAUAUGUACAGUAUACACACACACACACAGUAUACAUACAUACAUUUAUAUAUAUAUUUAAAUUGAAUCCAGAUGAGAGACUUGUACUCUUGUAGCUCAGUUCUAUAUUUUGUGUUUUUUGGUGUCUUUACAUUUUUUACUGUUUUAUUUUCUAGUUUCAGAGCAGUAGUUGUGUCCAAAAAAAACCCCUACCAUAUAAAUUGACCAGGUUUUUAAGUCAAAAGAAAACACUGAAAAAUCAACAAUUUCUUGUUUUGAAAGAUGGUUUCUCAUUGUUUACAGAACUGAUUUAAAUGGAAUGGCAAACCUUUGGGAAAAAAAUAGACCAUCCAUAAAGUUAACUAUCUUUCAGGCCUGCCUGAGGGAUCAAGAAACUAGCUACACUGGUUGAAUUAGAUGUUCUGCAUGUAUAUACUGAAUGCCCAAUUCCUCUGAGAGAAAAAAACCAUAAUGGAUCCUAGCUGUGAUUACCACUUUCUUCACCGUGUUUUGGGGAAAACUGUACACAUCACAUUGAAAUGUGGCAUAUUCCAGGGGAUAUUGCAACAUGUGGAUUCCAGUCAGUGUAUCUUUCUAAACAGAGUUAAGAAUUUGGAAAAUGGCAGAAAUGUACCAGGAAUAAAGAGGUUCUUUGGCCAUGAAAUUGUUAAUGUGGAAUUGCUCGACGACCUGGAACAAUCAGCUGCAGAAAGAAAUUUCACUCCUACUAGAUCCAGGGAAUUUCCACUUACUAAGUUGUCUGAAAUCAACCAAGCAUCACUGCUGGAUCAAAGCACCCAUACAGCUAAUGUUGUUUCCCCAGUGAGCCAGCAACUCUGUUUGGGUAAUGUUAUAUUUAAAUUUCCUGAUGAAGAUAGCGGGAAAGACAUAGAAUAUAUUGUUAUUAAUCAAUUCCAGAAAGCAUUUGGUUCUGCUAUGAUGCACAUCAAAAAUCAAAGUGUAUGUAGUAUAGCAGCAGAGGGUGUCAAUUUGUGUCGGCAUGGAAAACUUUCUUGGUUACAAGUAGCAACAAAACGUCAGGUUUUUUUAUUUGAUGUUUUUGUUUUGGGAGCUCAAGUGUUCAAGAAUGGACUACAAAUGAUACUGGAGGACCAGAAUAUUUUGAAAGUUAUCCAUGAUUGUCGUUGGCUCUCAGAUUGUCUUUCUCACCAAUAUGGAAUUGUGCUCUCCAAUGUCUUUGAUACACAGGUUGCUGAUGUAUUACAGUUCUCAACAGAAACAGGUGGCUACCUUCCACAUAGAAUCAGCACUUUACAAGAGUGUUUAAUGCGAUAUUUUAGGCUGCCUGACAAAUGCAUUUCUUUUUUGGAAUACAAACAGCAAGCAAUGGAGGAAGAUCCUGAGGUCUGGUUUGUGCGACCCCUUCCACCUGUAUUGUUGAAUAUAUUAGCCCUGGAAACAGCGUAUCUCCUCCCUCUCCGUUUGCUGCUGCUUGGUGAAAUUAUGUCUGAUUUAACAACAUUAGUGGAUAGUUACUUGAAUGCAUUUAGGCAAGGAUCUGCAGAUCCCCUGGGGAGCAUCAAGAUAUCUUCUAUGGAGUUACCAGAAGAACUACGACAACUGGCAGAUCUUUAUAACAUCCGAAGAAAAACUGCGGUGCAAAAGUUCCAGCUCAAUGAGGAAGGUUUCCUUAUCAGGGGAAUGGGGGCAAUAAGAAGAAAAAAGGCAGAGAAUGAACCAUAUCCUAAAACAUACUGUCCAGAUUCUGAUACCCAGGGCAAUUAUAAAAAAGAAGAGAUAUAUAACCAUGAUAACCAAAAGCCCAUAGUUGUCAAUGAUGAGAUAGACUCUAAAAUGGACAUUGGAAGAGACAAAGGGGAAAAUAACCACAAAGAAAGUUCAGUUUUUCUCUAGAAAAAAAAACCAAGGCAGCUCUUCUUCAGCUCUGAGAAGCUUCUUGG